UUAUCAUUAAUAUUGUUAAUAUGUCUUUUCCAUGUCUCUUGGUUACAGGUUCUUGGUUUCAGGUUAUGUUCUGUCAAUAAGACUAUUUUAUUUCUUGAUAUGCCAGUGGAUUAUGGAACAUAUGUCUUUGUAAAAGAAUUUGCUUCUGACGUCAGUUCUCAAAGUCAGUACUCAACUGUCAGCUUGCUGGAGCCACUGACCUACUGUUCAUGUGCAAAGGUUGUGACCCAACUUCAUGUGGACCAGAGCGCACCACUGAAAAUUACAGGUCUGCAGUUGAUCAGUUAGAGACUGAACAAGUGCCAGACAUUCAAGGAAUAAAGUUCAGGUCCAUUAAGCAGUUCAAAUAUACAGCCACAGAAGCUUCCUCCAAGCCAUGUGAGAUAUGGCAGAAUCAGAAAUACAGAGGAUAAACAGUGCAAUUACUGCAGUUUUUCCUGAUCUUCCUGUAGCAGUUCUCAAUUCAGUAGUAGAUACUUUGAAGGCACUUGGUGCAGAGACUACAGAUGAUCUGCAGUACAUUACAGAAGGAGACUUGCUGCCAGUGUUGAAGCCAGUGCAAGCCAGAAGACUUGUUGUUUCCUGGGCCCAGAACAAUUCAGCGGCUCCAAUUCCAACCUCAGUGUGUCCCUCUCCAGUUUCUAUCUGUUCGAAUCCACCCGCUAGUUCUCCCUCAUCAGCAUCAACCACAUCCACCUCAUCGUCCCCAGGUGGCAGUUCCACUUUUCGCCCAGACUGGGUAGACAAUUUCCAGAUACCAUGGCAAAAGCUUCCUGAAGAGUUACUGCAAAGUCUUGAAAGGCAGAAAAGACCUAGUCCACGACUACGACGGGAGAUGAUAAGGAUUGUGGCUUCUGAAAUUAUGAAGGUGUAUAGUAAUCCAACCAAACGUAACACUACAGAAAUAGGCAAGAGAAUGGUGGCCAAGUAUCCAAAAUCUCUACAAGAUGUCAUUGAGGGUGAUGUUGUUGGACCUGGAUAUCAUUCACUGGCCAAGCAACUCCAAGCGCGAGUUGACAAUGUUAAACGACCUAACACACCAAAGAUAAAAAAACGCAAGCCAGCAUCAGAUGGAUAUGACACAGAGGAAGUUCCAGCUAAACAAAAAGCAAGUGUUCAAGACACAUAUGGCUGUGUCAACUGGGAGCUGAAAUAUUUGCCACUUUCUGAGACUGGGGAUAGUCAACAAGAAAAAAAAGAAAAGCUGAAGAUGAUGUUUCAAGAGAUGAACUACAAUACAGACGACAUGAAAAAAUUAGUACAGUCCACCUUUUACACGCAGCGUAAAGACAUCAACAAGGGGACAAGCAUCAGGCAACUUACCCAAGAGUGGCCAUUUUUGUUCAAUGAAGCUGGUAUGGCAGCACACUUCCAAGAACUUACUGGUGUGAGUCUAAUGGAGUGCUUCCUUGCCAAUGUGGACAAGAAGUGUAGACGCCUCUUAAGCUUCUUAAAAAGUGUUGAUGCACCAAAACACAAACAGGUUCAGGAUGCCUUUAUCAAGUUUCAGACUGAGAGAGGCCAAUUGGAUGGUUGCCCAGGAGAUAUCAUACAGAUGGUACUUCUUUUACUGGCUCAUUUUGGUGAAAAGGAGGAGAACCUGUUCCAUUAUGUUGAUACAACAUGCCUGGCCCAAGAGGUUCUGACAGAGAAGUUGCCAGCAACACCCUGCAUUAUUGUGUGUGGGUCCUCCUGCUUUACUGCUGGGACGUUCAUGUUGAGCAUUGACCAAGAGGUUGUCAACGACCACAUCACUUCUUUCAUACAUGCCUUCUGUCUGUUGUUUGGCAGUUACUACUGCUUCAACAUACACUACCCAGUGGAACUACGGUCAACACUAGAGUUCUUUCAAAGGUGUUUCUUCUCAAUUAAUCCCGAAAGAGGCACCAAAGUCCAGUGGAAGAAAAACAAGAAAGUGCUUCCUGUCAAUCCCAGAGUCCUCACUCUGAUUGCAGACCUUGCCGACUAUGAGUGGACCUAGACAUAACUUAUGGACAGUAUGUUAAGGUAUAGUGCAAGUUCCAUAUUGUCGCUGCCCCAAAAAUCUCCAAAGUAGUAGGAUUUUCAAUGUAAGAUAAUGUAAAGAGGCUUUGUUCCAAGUGAUUUUGGAGCAUUUCUAUAGAUGUAAUCAUCAUGAAAUUUUCACAGGAUAUUCUCAAAUGAUGUAGAAAACUAAAAAGCCACAAAAAAGAAAAUACAUGUUUUUCUUUGGACAGCGACAAUAUAGUGCAGUUGUUUUUGUUUUUGUUAAAAUCUUACCAAAAUGUUCACUGAAAGUUCUGAGAGCUACUGUAAGUGUAUACACCUGGCUAUUUGCUGUCUGGAGCCAAUUCAGAUUCAGUUUUAUUUUUUGUAUUAUUUUGUAUUUGUUUUAUAAGAAGCAUACAUUUGUUUUCGGGAUUUUUAUUGGUCAUUAAAAUGUUAAAUACAACUUUUAUCUUAUGUGUAAUUAUUUAU